AUGGCUGGCGAGCAUCUGUCCUUACUACUCGUCCUGUGGGGUGAGCGCGACCAGGCCGCAGACGUCCCGCUGCUCCCAAUCCCAUCUCGAGCCUACAUCGAGAUCGUUCUGAUCGAGUUUAUGGUCGUCAAAUUCAACAUCUUCAGCGUUUGCGUUACAUCAACACGCCUGCCAUCCGACGCGUCUGUGUCGAAUGGGAGUUUGCGUGGCAGUCUUCGCAAUGGGUGCCGCUCCGGCCUGCUCGGAGACGUGUGCCCGGAGCUCGCUGUGCCGAUCCGCAAGGUGUGGAUGAUUGCGCAGCGCCCGUUCCUGUGCGACGAGAUGGAUAGGGGUGCGCAGCCGCCGCCGCUCGUCAAGGCGUACGCACGCGCGUGA